AAAAAUGAUUUCAAAAAACGUGCAAAUAUUUAACAAAAAAAAAUAGAAACGACAACAAAUGUCUAACGAAAAAAUGAAGGUGUAAAUAAUUGGGGAAAAAAUUGAAUACACAUUUUAAACUUUCUCUCGUCAUUUUAACUGAAGAUCAAAAUGUUAGGUGUGCUGCAGACUAGAAUAGCUAAUACGUUUUGCUUGUAUAUUAAUUGAUGUUAUUGCGAAUUGUAGUUAUUUACUAAAAACUAGUUACCGAAACAAAUAAACAAAGAGACAAGUAACCAGUUUAAAGUUGUACUUUUUCUUGAUUCUUAAUUGAAAACUAUUUUUCGACUUACUUUCUAUGGUCAGUUAUAAACACUCUCGCAGGCAUAUAAAAACAAAUCUCUUGAUUAAGAUAACAUAACAAAAAUGAUCACAUAAAGUAAACAAGUCAAACCAGUGUUUAACUGUCUAUGUACCUGUUGUCUAAAUGUUUGUUAUUGUUUUUAUUUCCAACUAAAUGUUGUAUAGAUGGUACAAAAACUCGUAUGAAUGUUUAUAGUACAUAUUUUAGCUGGUAGAUCACACUUCCAUAUGUAUACAUAUAGAUAGUAUGUGUUCAAUUUCUUACUCCGCUUCCACUGUUAACACAAUUUUGUUGUAUUGAAAUAAAAACAUCUAGCAAUAAACUCGCUCCCCCAGAUAAUACAACAAUUUUCUAUACUUAUACCCAACCAUUCAACCAGUAGAGCAAAUAUGCUCCAACUGGUCUAUGAUCGUAGACUAUGACUUGGUUAACACAGCUAAAUACGAAACAGUUUUAUUUCAACAAUCAACCGUGUCACGCGAAGCUCUGAAAGUACAUAUUUACUAUUGGCAAAUUGACAAAAUAAUAAAAUAUAAUACAAAAUUUAUAAUUUAAUAAAUGAAUAAACUUCUUACGAAUAUUUAAAAAUAUACGUAUGUAUAAAAUGCCUCAAACUAACUCCCUGCCAUCGAUUGAACAAAAAUUACUUAAUGUUAUAGCUGGUCAGGAUUUAGGCGAUAUAACACAGGAAUUGUGUGAUUUUUCAUUGGAAGAGCAAAAUGCUACAGCGGAGGCCCAAGGCAUACAGCCAAGUGCAGCGUCCGAUUUUACACCAGUUUUGGGCAAAACCGUAACCUACAUAGUUGCCUGUGUCUUAUUCAAUGAAGACAAUGAAGUUUUAGCCAUGCAAGAAGCUAAACAGUCAUGUGCAGGAAAAUGGUAUCUUCCUGCUGGACGUAUGGAAAAAAACGAAACCAUCUGCGAAGCUGCCAUUAGAGAAGUAUACGAAGAAACUGGUCUAAAUUGUGAAAUAAGUACUCUUUUAGCAAUAGAGGCUGCGGGUGGUUCAUGGUUUCGAUUUGUUUUGACGGGUCGAAUAACAGGUGGGUCAUUAAAGACACCAGCACAAGCUGAUAGCGAAUCCCUCCAAGCAAGAUGGGUUGCCGAUAUCAAAGAAUUACCACUGAGGGCAAACGAUAUUUUAAAUAUCAUAGAUAUUGGAAAAGCUUAUGUCAGCCGCAACCAUUCACCACAACCUGCUUUAUGGCAUAACGAAAUCAUUCCUACCAAAUAUUCCCAUCACAAGAAUUAUUUACGAGUUGUGGCCGUGAUACGCAAAAGAGCAACAAAUGCCCUAAACGUUUUGGUGAGCGAAAAGAAUGUACACCAUUUUCCAACCGUCGAAGUUCACCCUCAGAGAAGUUUGCACUCAACUUUGCGUAAAUUCAUGAUUGAAUUAUUUGGUGCCGAACUUCCCCAACAUCGUCCUCAUGGCAUUUUGAGUGUGGAACAUUGCCCAUCACCACCUCCUCAUACCACCGAUGGCAUUUGCUUAAAUGUUUUAGUCGUAUUUAGGCCACCACUAGAAGAAGUAUCGCUAAUUGGAAAGUGCACUUGGCAUGAGUUGAGCAAAACGCUUGAGGAAAAACUUGGACGUAUUCUUUCCAGUAAACAUUCAACAAUUCCUCUAAAUGUUAUUCGAUAGACAUUUAUUAAAUAAGAUUAUAUUGUAUGAUGAUUUGGAAAUGUAAGACAUUUUGUAAAUAGUUUUUAAAUUUUCUUUGUUAUUACUUAAAUAUUAGCCAUUUAAAAUAUACUCCCCAGUGUACACAUUUUCGGGAACACCGCCAUAACUUAUGCUUAAAAAAAUAUCGUUUAGAUUUAAUACAAAACAAAACUGAAUAAAAGUACUAUUUUUUGCUUUACUCAAAACGUUACUAUUUGACUUAUGACGGUCUUCUUGCAAAUGUGCAGUGAGUACAUUGAGUUGUAAAUUGGCUUAAUCAGUUAAUUAAAAAAAGCUUUAAUUAAAACAAAAACACAAUAUAUAUACAUAUAUAGUAGUAUUUAUUAUUAUAAAGUUUAUACAUGGUUGUUUUUAAGAGUAAUAAACAGAAAAGUUUUUGAGUUUGUGUAAAAAUAUAUUUAUACACAUGUCCAUAUACGUAAUAUUUAUUUAAAUGCAAUUUCCAAAGAAUGUUUCUUUUGCAUCACAUUUAUAACAGUGUCAAUCUUAAAAAAAAAACAUUAUCUACAUACGUGCACAUACAUUAUGUAACUAAAAAGUAACUAGCAAGAUGUUAAUAAUUAACUGGGCAUUGACUAGUAUAGCCAACAAUAUUUUAAUAUAUAAAGGAAAUAAACUAAAAAGUACAUAGUUUAAGUCGGAUUUUAUCGAUGAAAUAAAUCAUUUAGUCUUUCCACACUUUAUUGAAUAAA